UUUCACUCACCUUUUACACGCAUAAUCUUGUCCCGACCGACUAAAAUCCCAAAUUAUACUAAUGCAUGCAACUUGUACCUGCCUCUUCUACCUGCCUCUUCGACCUGCCUGUUUGACCUGCCUGUUUGCAGACGAAUGUCGACAGCUACUUAAUAAACUCUACUUCCCCAUCUUCAUCUAAAUUUUAUCUUCCUCUCUCACACACACAUACACUUCAGAACAACCACAUUCGUUCAGGUUUUGUCACAUCAAUCUCAUCUCUCAAUCCUCUCUCUCUCUCUCUCAUCAACACCAUAUCUUAAUAUCACCCCACUUUCGUUAUUGUAACAAUACAAUAUCACAAUCGUUCAAGCAAGAAAAAUAAGAAAAUAUGAAGACAUUUCAAUCGCUCAUCACAGCCUUUGGGCUUCUUACUAUAGUCAACGGUUACAAGUACUCCAAUGUAACUGGUAUCGCGUAUACGGUUAGUUUCAACUCUUCAUUGAUAUCGAUUGAUAUUAAUUGCUUCCUAACAUCGCGUGUGCUGACUCUUUAUCUCUUUCAGACUAUCACUACUGAUAUCUAUACCACUGUCUGCCCAUCUGCCACUACUUUUUCCAUGGGAUCCAAGACUUAUACCGUCACUGAUUCUACUACCUUGACCAUUACUGACUGGUAAUUAUUUUGACUGGAAAUGCCUCGAUCAAAGUACUAACAAUUCAAUCUAGCCCUUGUACAUACUCUACCACCAUUGCCAAGACUGUCCCAACUGUUCCAGCAUCCUCGUCAAUCAAGCCAAGCAGCUCUAUUCCCUCUAUUCCAGCUUCAUCGAGUGUUUCCAGCAGCGCUUCCUCGGUUAUCACCAGCAGUGCCUCUGUUCCUCUCGGUACUGGACCAACCUCGAAGCCUGUCGAGCCAACUGAGACCGAACACACAACAUGGACUACAUACACCACCGACAUUCUUACAACUGUUUGCCCAACUCCAACUACAUUAACUAUUGGAACCAAGACAUACACUGUCACUAAGUCAACUACUUUGACCAUUACCGAUUGCCCAUGUACCGUUAGCAAGCCACAUCCAUCCAGCACUUCGGUCCCUAUUACCCCUUCGUCGAGCGAGAGCAGCAUUAAGUCUACAUCUACACCAAAGACCACCAUCAUUGUUCCUCCUCACGCUAAUUCCACAUUCUCUGCUCCCACGGCUCCUGCUCCACCAAAGACUACCCCAGUCGUCUGGACUACUACUGUCGUCAGCAGUUAUACCACUUAUUGCCCAUCCCCCACCACUGUCGCUGUUGGUAACCACACCUACACUGUCUCAUCUGCCACAACUUUAACUGUGACAAAGUGGUAUGUUCUUCAUUUUUCCUUCAAUCCAGUCAUAUCAUGCUAAUAAUGUCUGCAAUAGUCCAUGCACAAUCAGCUAUACCUCAAGUGUUCCUUCUUACACUGCCCCGGUUGUUGUCCCCACACCAAGUACCAUCACCGUCUCCUACUUGACCACCUACUGCCCUGAGCCAACCACCAUUACCAUCAGCUCAGUUCCUCACACAAUCUCAACUCCGGGUAUUGUUACCAUUCCAGUCGUGACUGUUUCGGUGUCGACUCCAGUUUACCAGACUACUCCAUCUGCCCAGACUACUCCAUCUGCAAAGCCAACUCCAAGUACCAUCACCGUCUCCUACUUGACCACCUACUGCCCUGAGCCAACCACCAUUAUCGUCAGCUCAGUUCCUCAUACAAUCACAGCUCCUGGAACUGUUACCAUUCCAGUUGUUACGGUCAGCGUCGGAACCCCUGUAUACGUCACACCAGUUCCAUCUGUAUCAGCUAGCUCCGCACCAGUUGUUUCUGUUGGCACUCCAAUCUACCAGACUACCCCGGUCGCUAGUGUCCCAACUGCUAGCGUCCCAACUGCUAGCGUCCCAACUGCUAGCGUCCCAGUUGCCAGUAGCCCUGUCGCCAGUGUCCCGGUUGCUAGUGUCCCAGCUGCUAGCGCUCCAACUGCUAGCGUUCCAGCUGCUAGUGUCCCAACUGCUAGCGCUCCAACUGCUAGCGUUCCAGCUGCUAGUGUCCCAACUGCUAGCGUUCCAACUGCUAGCGUUCCAGCUGCUAGUGUCCCAGCUGCUAGCGCUUCAACUGCUAGCGUUCCAGUUGCCAGCGUCCCAGUUGCUAGUACCCCUGCCGCCAGUGUCCCGGCUGUUACCGUCCCAGUACCAACUUCACCAUCAGCAACUUCUUCCCAAGCUACCACUUUAGCAUCAACACCUGCUACCGUCGCCAGCGCUACCUCAUCUCCUCCCGCUCAAUUCACUGGUGCUGCCAUUAAGGUUGAUGCUGGUUUCGGUGUUAUGGCCGUUGCUGGUCUCGCAGCCUUCUUGCUGUAAAUUUCAUAAUCAUGACUAUUCCUCUUUCUCGAACAAAUUAACGAUAAUGAGAUAAUUGGUAUCUAGAUGGGGUAUCUAGACAGGGGAUGAAGGAGUAAAGGACACAAUCAUUUCCAAGGACAUGGGUAACACUCUUCCUUUUUUUUCCUUUUCUUCCACUAUUGGUGGAUCAAAUAUUUUUGGACUUCAAACAAAGUUGCUCAUAUUGCUCAUAUCACGCCCUCGAUAAUUCAAAUUCAAUUCUAAGAUAGAUAUACUAUACUCGCUCGGAUAAAAUGGAUCUUUGCUCUAUACAAAAAAUAAUACAAAUGGGAUUUCGAACUUC